AUGGGAAGAAAGGAGGUUCAUUCUGGUUCAGAAGUUAUGGAGGACUCCUGUGGCUCAUCUUCUCUAACACCAUGGAUCAACAGUGAGAGGAAUACCGAAACUCAAUCAGAUAAUGAAGAAAAAGAAGACCCAAAUGUUUGUUACACUGAGAAUGAGGCUAAUGAAGAAGAUGUCUCCCCAAUUGAGCAAGUAGCUCUUACAGUCCCCACAACUGAUGAUCCAUCUCUGCCUGUGCUCACAUUCAGGAUGUGGGUGUUGGGAUUGCUUUCAUGUAUGAGCCUUUCUUUUCUGAAUCAGUUUUUUUCCUACAGAAUAGAACCUCUUACUAUCACCGCAGUGUCUGCUCAGAUUGCUGUGCUCCCACUAGGGCGUUUCAUGGCUGCGACACUGCCUGAAACUAAGUUUAAGGUCCCUGGUACCAAAUGGAAGUUUUGCUUGAAUCCGGGACCUUUCAAUGUUAAAGAGCAUGUCCUUAUUACGAUCUUUGCCGGCGCUGGAGCUAGCCCUGUGAAUGCAAUCCAUAUUGUCAACAUCAUAAAGAUCUUCUACAAAAGGAAUCUGGACCUGUAUGUAGCCCUAUUGAUAGUUCUCAUGUCACAGGUAAAAGUGUAAAUCACAAUUUUAUCCCAUGCUCAAUUAGUUAAUUGCUGUGGAUGUAUAUAUUGGCAUAUGUGCUGUUCAAAACAAGGUAAUAGGAUAGGAUGGAAUGGAGGAUCAAUGAGACCACAAAUUUUGUUAUUAGCUUAACUAAAAUUUACCGAGUACUUAUUGAGUGCUUGUGCUUUUUGGUCCAUGCGUAGGACAACGCGGUAUGACAUGUCUCAACCUCGAUUUCUUUCUACUUAGUACUUAGUAAACAAAAAGAUAUUUUUAUUUCGUAGUAUGUGCUGCUGCCUUACUUUGCAGUAUCACAUGCCUCUCAUGGUUAAUGUCGUGUUGAUUAGAAAGC